CGGCUUCUCAGAUCAGAUCAUUUUUUACUACCCGACUGUAUCCGCAUGGAAAACUUAUUUCGGUACAAAGAAAUAAAUUUGUGCUAAUAAAAAAGAGCUAAAUGAAUUUCUCUCUCCUCAAAUUCCAAGUCUCCAACAGUCCAACUCACAUCUCCUUUUCGUCUCCUUCUUCCUCCGCCCUCCGGCGUUCUGAUUGCCUCCUCCUCCUCCGCCCUCCGGCGUUCUGAUUGUCUCCUCCUGUAUAUUAGUUGUAUCAUCACCUCUACUCGGAGGUGCCUCUGCCAUUGUCGAUUUUUAAUUUGGGAGACUUUCAACCUCUCCUUCUCUGCCGCUGCUAUUUUCGGUGUUGGACGACAGUAUAUUUUCUUGUUGCUGUUAUCUCUCUGCUGGUUCAAGAAAGCGCUUACUAUUGGAGUUCUGCAUUAUUAUUUGGUAGUUUGCAGAUCUAUUUGUUUCCCUUUUUGGAGACUAGUGGGAAUGGGUCCAAAUUUGUGAUACCCAUUCCCAACUAAUGCCCGGAGAAGUUAGUUUCAGAUGUGGUUUAGUUGAGCUUAGCACUGUAUCUGAUAUUAGGUAACAACUAACUGAAUCCAGACUAAAUCGUGUAUUGCCAGAGGUAGUGAACUCUGUAGAAUCUACUAGUGGGUGCUCCUUCACAGUGAAGAAGAAACGAGAAUGGCACUAUAAGAAGGACAAUGGAGGUGCUGGAGAAAAAAUAUCCUGUUGAUGCAAAGGACUACAAGUUGUAUGAGGAAGUUGGGGAAGGCGUAAGUGCUACUGUAUACAGGGCUCUUUGUAUUCCUUUUAAUGAGGUAGUUGCUAUUAAGGUUCUUGAUCUGGAGAGAUGCAAUAAUGACUUGGAUGGAAUUCGUCGUGAGGUGCAUACAAUGAGUUUGAUUGAUCAUUCAAAUGUGUUACGUGCUCAUUGCUCAUUCACUGCAGGCCACAGCCUUUGGGUUGUGAUGCCAUAUAUGGCUGGAGGAUCUUGCCUUCACAUAAUGAAGUCCACCUAUCCUGAAGGCUUCGAGGAACCUGUUAUUGCUACAUUACUUUGUGAAACUCUUAAAGCACUUCUUUAUCUUCAUGCUCAUGGCCAUAUUCAUAGAGAUGUGAAGGCUGGAAAUAUUUUGCUGGACACCAACGGCACAGUGAAGUUGGCAGAUUUUGGGGUCUCAGCUUGUAUGUUUGAUACUGGUGAUAGACAACGCUCUAGAAAUACCUUUGUUGGUACUCCUUGCUGGAUGGCCCCCGAAGUUAUGCAACAACUACAUGGAUAUGACUUUAAAGCAGAUAUAUGGUCUUUUGGGAUAACAGCUCUUGAGCUUGCUCAUGGUCAUGCCCCAUUUUCCAAGUACCCUCCGAUGAAGGUUCUUUUAAUGACUUUGCAAAAUGCACCACCAGGUCUUGAUUAUGAGAGAGAUAAGCGAUUCUCAAAGUCUUUUAAAGACAUGGUGGCUGCAUGUUUGGUGAAAGAUCCAAAGAAACGACCAACUUCUGAGAAACUUUUUAAGCAUCCUUUUUUCAAACAUGCCAAAUCAUAUGAAUUUCUGGCCCGUACUAUACUUGAUGGUCUGCCUCCACUUGGUGAACGUUUUAGGGUGCUCAAGGUUAAAGAAGCAGAUCUUCUUGUCCAGAACAAUGCUUUGAAUGGGGACAAAGAGCAGUUGUCCCAGCAAGAGUACAUUCGAGGAAUUAGUGCCUGGAAUUUCAACUUGGAAGAUUUGAAGAGUCAGGCAGCCCUUAUUCAAGAUGAUGACAGUAGUUCUACUGCAGAAAACCCUGAUUUGGGGUUGAACCGAAUGGACAUACUUGAUGAUCAAUCUUUCCCAACAGAUAAACCAUCUUCUGAGGGGACGAAUCAUUCAAAUACUUCAAAUAGUCACGAGGAUGGGUUUGAUGACCUUGAUAGCUUGGAGGGUUCACUGGCUUCAUUUCCUAUUCAACCCCUGCAGGCACUUAAAGGCUAUUUUGAUAUUGGUGAAGAUGACAUGAAGAGUAUUGGUUACAAAAAUGCGUCUCUUCCAGAUGCUAAGGUACAUUUUCAAAAAACUGAAAAUGAGCAACUAGGAAGAACUGAUGGUGACAACUUGGUUCGAAGUAGCUCCUUACCGCAAUUUGUUAGUACUGGGCAGAAAAAGGUUCUUAGCGGUCCUCUCCUAUAUGAAAACGCGAGCUCUUCAUGGAAGCAAAUUGGCGAUGGGGACAGGGACAACAUGCAACCUAGGCAUCCUUCUGAUAGAAAUUACAGCGGUCCAAUCUCAUAUCGUCAAAGGAGAGAUACAAAUAACAAUACAUUAGUGGAGGAUUCAUCCGAAGGUUCUGUGGUUCAGCGUAAAGGUCGUUUUCAAGUCAUGUCAGAUGCCACCCCUAAGGGCUCAACUUGCCUAAGCUCUGUUCCUGGAAGCACAGCUGGGCUCACACCUCCUUACCUUUCUGCUAGUGCAAUCCUUCCAACCUUGCAGUACAUUUUGCAGCAGAAUAAUUUACAAAGGGAUGAAAUAACCAAAUUGAUUAAGCACGUGGAGCUAGACAAUCUAUGUGAGUCAGCUGAUGCAAUGAGUAAUGGCAUUUCACAGACAUUGCCAAUCUCUGUUAAGGAGGGUGAACUUUUGACUCAGGUUAUGCAACUACAACAGAGAAUUGGGAGCCUGGUAGACGAGUUGCAAAGACAAAAGCUAAAAAAUGCCCAGCUAGAAAAGCAAUUGAAUGCUUUUGUUGGGAGACCUGAAAAGACAAAAGAUUGAUUGCUAAUCACCCAAAGUGUCUCUCCAUGUUGAUGGUGCUGGUGGAGGUGUUGGCAUCAACAACUGCAAUUGCCUCUUAGGUUAGCGGCUCUAGCAAUGACCGACUAUAGGUUUUCUCCUUUAAGGAUAAGGAUGGGGAUGGGGAUGGUUAUGUUGGGAGAUCUGCAUAGCUUCCACUGUUGCACACUGCAGGCCUCUGGAGAUUUGAAUCGUAUUUUUGUUGUAUUAUAUGUGUGGUACAUUACAAAUUUUGUGAUCAAAAUUUUUCUUUGAAUUUAAUUUUUAUCUUUCCAGCUCAUUUUGUAAUUCAGUAUUGGGUGUACUGUUAUGUAGAGUAUCUUGCUUUAUGCAGA